UCCAAGCUUCCGUUGCUGGAUUCCAGGAUCUCACGCACCGGCACCUCUACGGUAACUUUGCGGACGCUUUGUAAUCUAGGGAAAACUGGAUUUAAAAAAAACAGUAAUCAUCGUUUUUGGGUGAGUCGAGGAAUCUACGUGCCACGUCGACACUCAACAUUUCGAGACUUUUUUUGUCUUUUUUGGAAGGCAAGGCAACAGCCGUGAAACUCGAACAAAAAAGUGCCUGAGUCACUCGGAGUUUGAACACAUGCAUGUGAACUGGGAUUAAUAACUUUUUUACUUAAAUGCGUGUUCCGCUUUAAUUUGACUCACAGGCUGACACCAGAUACACUCAUCCGCCACACAGCUGCUGCCUUGACUCCUACGCUACCUCCUCCAUGUUAGCCAGACCACUUUGCUGAACUGCUGAGCAAAGCCGCCGGUCCCACCACCCCUUUCUUCUUUAGCAGGUGAAAGGCGUGGCUCUGGGCGGGAGAAAACUUUGUUCAUCGGAACACCUUCAGUUUGUUUGAAAGAAAGCCGACAUUCGUUCGUUAUUCUGGCGCUUUUGUGGACUUGAGUGGACUUGAAUUCCUCUCAAAUGAGAGACUCCACAGCAGGGGUUUCUGCUUACCUCUCCCGGGUAACGCACACAGGACGGUGAUGAAAGAGGGCUAGUUUUGGAGUGGUUCUGUGCUAAAUACUUUUUAAAGUGGAUACUCCGAGGACAUGGCGCUGUCUCAAAUCCAGUGUCUUGACGACCACCACGUCAACUGGCGUGUGAGCGAGAGCAAGCCGGAGUUCUUCUACAGUGAGGAACAGCGGUUGGCCCUGGAGGCGCUCAUCAACCACGGCCGUGGUGCAUUCAAUGACUUUCUCCGCGAGAACACUGUCCGGGACUUCUUGUCAGAACCCGAGCUUGAGCGAAUCGCCCACACGGCGGAGGCUUACCGGCCCGGACACGAGCACCACCAAAAGCCAGAGACACCCGGCCAGGCGGGGAACAUAACGCCUGGGUCAGGGGAAGAUGGCGCUCUGGAUGGCGAAGUAUCGCUCCAAUACUGGCCAGACCGGUCCGAAGCCUCCGUAGCAGAGCUGGACCUCGGUUGGCCGGACGCCAUCUCCUACCGUGGGGUCACGCGCGUGACUGUAUACACGCAGCCCCCCACUGACGCUCAUGCGCAUAUCAAGGAAGUAGUGCGCAAGAGCAUCGCUGCUGCCCAAAGAGUGAUCGCUGUAGUGAUGGAUGCCUUCACUGACGUGGACAUAUUUCGAGACUUGCUGGACGCAGCCUACAGGCGGAAAGUUCCUGUGUAUAUAAUCAUUGACAUAUCUGCAGUCCCCAGCUUUCUUUCCAUGUGUGGCAGAGCUGAUAUGCACCGUGGACACCUAAAGAAUAUGCGUGUGCGUUGCUGUGGAGGUGUGGAGUUCUUUACACGAUCAGCACAGAAAGUUCGGGGUUCCCUGAGCCAGAAGUUUCUCCUGGUCGAUGGAGACAGAGCCAUCUCUGGUUCAUACAGUUUCACGUGGUCUUCGUCUCGUUUGGACCGUAAUCUCAUCACAGUAAUCACGGGACAGGCAGUGGAGACCUUUGACUUCCAGUUUCGGGAACUGUUUCUCAUGUCCCGGAGUGUGUCUCUUAGCAAGGUCCCUAUGGUCGAUGAACCAGUCCCUGACCCGCUCCCUCAGGCUGCUCCUGUUGUCGUGCCAGCCACCGUUGCGAAGAAGCUCAUCAACCCCAAAUAUGCCCUGGUUGCCACAGGAACGCACACAAGCCCCACUUCUUCUGACCAGAACUCUAGCAACAAGAACUCACAGGUCCCUCUUGGGUUGAAAAUUCGGAAAGGCCGUCUUAAGAUUGUUUCUGAGGAGCCACAGAUACAUCCAGCGUUACUCAAUAUGGAGAAAGCGUACCUGAUCCCGUACCUUCCCACCUGGCCAGAACCGGACCCACCGAGUGAUGUGAUUGGUUUCAUUAACAUUCGGGAUGAGAAGCGAGCCAAUCAGGUUCACUUGCAAAGGUCGGAGCGCUUUGAGGUCAGUCAGGCUAUUCGAUUCCGCUCACCACUGAUAUUGCCAAGCCAGACUGAGGAGGCCACAUCUUGUCGGGAUACAAAAGCCGGAGAAAAACCUGCUUCUGGCAGUACCUCAGAACCCAAAAAGGAGCAGCCAGAAAGUACAGCUCCAGAUAAAAACGACACAGACGCAACAGCUUCCAGGAGGCCCUCUCAGCAGACCACCACACAGGAGACACACCAAACACACACUCCCACUUCUGAACCAGCUGCAGAGCCUCUGCUGGCAGACAAGUCCGAACAAGCUCCAGAGACUCAAGCGCCAGCCCCUCCUGUCCCUAAACGGCGAACGCUGCACUUAGUCAUAGACCCAGCCCCCUCAGACCAGCCCGCAGAAGCACUCAUCACUUUGGUUAAAAUUGACCAGCAUGACAACACAGAUGGCUCCUCUAUGAACAAGAGAGGCACCACGUCCAGCCAUGUCCAUGUCACCUCUAUGGAGGAAGGUGGAGACUCUGGCAGCAACGACAACGGCAGCCAAGACAGCACCAAGGUCAUGUGCGACCGAGCGGCUGUCGAUGACCCCUCGAGUGCUUCAACGGCGUCAGAGGAGGAGUAUUACGACUGUUCCCAACAGCAGCCCAGCGACCUGUUGGUUGACAUGGUCACCACAGGGUCAGGCCGCAGGAAUCGGCGAGGAGAUGGUGUCAACAUGAUGGCCCGCCUCUCUCAAAGCAUGUUGGAUUUGCGGGAGCCCAAUCAAACGGAGGAUAGCGCCGCCCUCAUUCGCCAAUCACAGCAGCUGCGCAAGCAGGGUCACCUCUCACCGUACAGGCGCUUUAGACAGUUGUUCCCGAUGUCGAGGUCUCCUGGUCGGGAUGCAAGAAUGAGAGGCCCAAAAGUCAUCAUUUCCAAACCAGGAAGUUUCCACCGCCCCCACAGAGCUGCUGGCCCUGUGAUUGGAGGACACCGCUACUGGCAGGGACAACAAACACUACAGCCAGAUGCCAACCUGCUGCGAGCUGAGAUACGAUCUGGCCGUUCACCACAACGACACAGUUUGGGCUACGGGAAGGCAACUCACACUUCUUCACAAUCGUCAGGAGCCACUCCUUCAGGGCUUGGAGUAUCUCUCUCCAAGCUGAACAGCUUUAGACAUAUGAGGGUACGAGGAGGAGCCUCGCAGAAGAAGAUGUCUCAAAACAACAAGGCUGCCAGGUAGAAAUGUUGGCCAGUCCAGGUACUCAACGAUAUUUGUUGAUGUUGACUUUCUUUUGUAGGAGUGGAAUCUAUUUAUGACACGCAUAUAAUUUUUUAACCCAUGAGGCUCAGAAUCCAUUUAAAUGAAUGUAGCUAUACAUGUUGUUAACAAGGAAUUGAAUGUAAAUGAAUUACCCUGCAGGUGAACUGUAAAUAUACUGUAUGUCAGGAUAUUUUAUGUAAGAUUCCUACUUAAUGUAGACUGCAGUCUAAUAAAACAACCUUAAGAACACAUUUUACUUGAUCACCUCUCAAAGGACUCUUUCAGACUUUUGCACUCUAAAUCUUUUUAGAAACAAAACACAGAUGCUACAUCUGUGGAGAGCCAAGUCCAACUGACCCCUAUGCUGAAAACUGUGAUUAGUUGUGCUGUGAUUGGUUACUGACAUUGAGGGGCUUGUUGACAAUUUUUUCCAUAUUUGGACAAAGUCUAGCUGACUUGUACAGUUGUAGAGGUGUUUAUGAACAUGAUGUGGGACCAAAAGUAAAUGUUAUUAAUAAAACAUUAGCUUUUUGCUGAAAUAUUUGAGUGAAGUGUGCUAAACAUUUGCUGAACAAACCUUAACCUCUCUUUCUCACUUGUUUGAUUGAAAAAUGACAAAUGGGGUAAUACCAUUCCACUCCAGACUUGAAGGUGGCAAUAAUAUGCAUUAUGCAGUAUGCAUGCUGCAUCUGGUGAGUAACUUCCCCAUGUGUCGUAAAUGCAAAUAUUAAGAAAAAAUGUCUUUAUUUCCACAUUUGUCCAAACAUGUGCCAGAAUUUAAUCUGGUCAAUGUUCCUUUUCAGUGGCCUUGCCAAGACUUGCAUGUGUGCAGAUGUACCUGAUCAGUGCACCAGUACCAGGUGGCAAGGAUGGUGAGCCCCAAAGUCAUGCCAGGCCAGGGCAAGUCUCCAGUGACGGCGUCUCGGAACAGAUGCAUUGCGUCCUGACGAGG